AUGCUCCACACUGCGCAGCGGGGCAGGAUGCUCCACGCUCCACGCUUCUGGGUAGACCCUAGGGCGCCUGGGGUGCUGGGGGCUGUGGGGAUGCUGACCUUGGUGCUUUGUAGCUGCUCAGGGCAGCCGGCGUCCGUCCCUGGGCACCUUCCCACCAGCCCCAGCCAGGAGCACAAAGCAGGCCUUGUCUUCAUCCACAUGGACAGCAGCCUGUAUUCACUGCCCUGCAGCCCAAAGGAGAUGGAGGUGGCUGAUCCCACCUACCGCUGGGUGCGGGAAAAGGCAGACCCCCAGUCGCUCUUGGUCACUGAAGAGGGACAUCUCCUGUUCCAGCACUUCCAGGCCAGUGACAGUGGGAACUACUCCUGCACCAUAUCCUACAUGGACCACGGGCUCCCUGUGUUACAAACUUUUCACUACAGUAUUUUUGGCUACCACAUGCCUGGAGGCCUGGAGACUUUGCUGCUCUUCCAGAGCAAGCUCUGUGAGGAUGAAUGGACCAAAAGGUUCCUGUGGGAUCUACACGAGAACCUGAAGCAGCUGGAGACUGAGCAGCACUGCAAGCUCCAGUUCACCACCAGCUCCUGCUUCCCCUCCCUCAACAACCCUUCGGACGAGUUCAUCAUCCAAGUACAGCUAGAAGUGUCCUUCUUCGGGCCCAACUGGGAUGAGCACUGCAAAUCCCAGCACGUGGAGAUAGUCACAGACUGCUACCGCAAAACUAUCCAGCACAACUUCGAACAGGUCUGGCUUGCCCUCACCAAGUUCUUUAAGGAGCACAAGUCCUUCCACGUCACCGGGGCUGGUAUCUCCGGCAUCAUCUUCACCAAUGAGUUUAUCAGCUUCAUGGAGACCAAGCAUUGCAACAUGGGCUACGGGCAGACCAAGCAGCUGCAGAGAUGUCUCGACUGUUGCAUCGUGUGCCCACCUGGGACCUUCAGCCCUCCGAAGAGCCUGCAGUGUUCCUCGUGCCCUAUUGGGACCUACAGCACGACCUACGGGGUGACGUUUUGCACUCCCUGCAAGGACGACAUGACCACCCAGGUGCCAGGUGCCAGCUCCAUGUCAGAGUGUGUCACAGAAAGGACCGAGCAAGCUGUCUCCACCAUACACAGGAUCCCGCUCCUGCUCCUUAUCAUCCUGCCACCGCUACUAGCCAUCAACUUUCUCUUCUUCCUCAGCUCUUGCUACUGGUUCCAACAAGAGUACUGGAUGCCAUCUCCAACGGCUUCCAAGAAGGCAGGAAUCUCCAGGGUGACGGAGAUGGUGACCAAGUUCUUUAGGAUGCCCAGGGAGGGCCCCAAGCCUGGCUCUCCUGCUGCAGAUGACAACAACACCAGCCUUCUGGACACCAGCCACCUGGACACCAGCACAUCUCAGGGGAGUGACGAGGAGCACACGCAUGGAGCAUCCUCCCCUCCCAGUACCCCGAACUUCGCUGCUCUGACUGACGAGGGCCCUGCUGUGCUGGAACUGGAGGACAGCAGGAACGCUCCUUGA